CAGGACAGGAGAAGUGGGACUGUGCAGAGUCCAUACAUACAGAAUGGGGACAGAUACCGAGAAUGACACCCGGCAUCUGGGACAGGAGAAGUGGGACUGUGCAGAGUCCAUACAUACAGAAUGGGGACAGAUACCGAGAAUGACACCCGGCAUCCAGGACAGGAGAAGUGGGACUGUGCAGAGUCCAUACAUACAGAAUAGGGACAGAUACCGAGAAUGACACCCGGCAUCCGGGACAGGAGAAGUGGGACUGUGCAGAGUCCAUACAUACAGAAUGGGGACAGAUACCGAGAAUGACACCCGGCAUCCAGGACAGGAGAAGUGGGACUGUGCAGAGUCCAUACAUACAGAAUGGGGACAGAUACCGAGAAUGACACCCGG